AUGGAAUAUCUGUCUAGAUUAUUGAAGUCACUUCAGGCUAAACCUAACUUCAAUUAUCACCCCAAGUGUGAGAGGAUGCAUUUAGUCCAUUUGGGUUUUGCGGAUGACUUACUCCUUUUCUGUAGAGGAGAUAAGUUAUCAGUCCAGAUGAUUUAUGAAUGCUUCACAAGAUUUUCUAGUAUAUCGGGCCUUAUUGUCAAUAUUUCCAAAAGCUCCAUUUAUCUUGGAGGGAGGUUACUCUUAAUCAAGACAGUGUUGUUUUCAAUUCAGGUGUAUCGGUCACAAAUAUUUGUACUACCAAAGAAAGUUUUGAAGGCUAUUGAAGCAGCUUGCAGAAUUUACUUAUGGACAGGAGGUACUGAGCAGUCCAAAAAGGCCUUGUUAGCAUGGGACACUGUGUGCUUUCCACGAUCAGCAGGUGGCUAUAAUGUCAUUGAUUUGUACACUUGGAACAAAGCAGCUAUCUGUAAGUUAUUAUGGUGUCUUUGCAAGAAAAAGGAUAGGCUAUGGGUACAAUGGAUCCACAUUUACUAUGGGAGGCAUCAACCAGUGUUGGAGCAUACACCCAAACAAACAUCGUGGGUAGUCCGGAAAAUACUUAAAGCAAAAGAUUAUUUACAAACUACUGGACUGAGUGUUGAGGAGAUACUAGAUUGGAAUUCCUUUUCUAUCAAAAAGUUAUAUCUGCUACUAAGAGGAAACUUUUCAAAGGCGCAAUGGAGGAGACUCACAUGUAAUAAUGGUGGAUUGCCUAAGUGGAGUUUUAUUGUGACAGUAGUUGCUCAAAGACGAUUGCUUACAAGAGACAGAUUGGCUAGUGUAUAUGGUAAAAACCGGAUAUGA